ACUGUCAAACCCCCACUUGAAAAAUCCCAGCUUGGCUCUCUGACUGUUCACUUGGUGGAAGUGUUGAAGUGUGGAGAUACCUGAAGUCAUGGCACUGCGCUUGCUUCUUCUUGUCGCAUUUCUGCUCGUCUGCACAAUACAAGUGUCAUCGGAUAUCGACCUAGAGAACUCUCACGCCCAGAUUGUGAAGGGAGCUAACAGGAGGCUUUUGCAGACCAUGGACUGUGGAGGGCUGUGCAAGGAGAGAUGUAGCCUGCACUCGAGGCCCAACGUGUGCACGAGGGCCUGCGGAACUUGCUGCUACAGGUGCAAAUGCGUUCCUCCGGGGACUUCAGGAAACAGAGAGGUGUGCGGCAAGUGCUACACCGAUAUGACCACUCACAACAAUCAGACCAAGUGCCCUUAACUGUUGCGUCCACGGAUCCUCUCUAUCCUGUUGUAAUGUUGUGACAGUGGCAUUAGUAUAUAUGGUGUGUUCUAUGCUAGUAAGCACUGCUCGAGACCAACUUUGUAAUGUCAUCUAUUUCAGUAGAAAUUGUGGAUGUAUGAUCUA